AUGAUCCUCACCACUUCGGAGACUCAUCGUGCCUCUCGCCUGUUGAAGGUCUUUUGGGACGUCACCAAAGGCGGGAGGGCAAUCACGACAGCUGCUGAUGCCCGCCUGUUCCUCGAGGCGGUCCGGACGAACCCUUCGCCGGCUGCUUGUUUGGAGAUCAUCAUGGCUAGCGAUGUUGCGAAGGACGCCGUCCGACACAGCAUCCGGAUCGACUUGUCGACCUCCUUCGUCCAAAAGCACGUCAUCCCUUUCAUUGCGUACCUGAGCGAUCCCGGAGUGAAGAUGGUGUUCAAUGGCGAACUACUCCAUCAGCUCCUGCUCAUCAUCGCGCAGCCGCCCGUGCUCUGGGACAAUCUCUUGCAAAUCUAUCGGGAGUCCCACUUGACCGAGGGAGAGCUUUAUGUGUUUGCCUGGCUCUGUUUCGAGUUGGCAAGCCUCCCCGACAGUGGGCUCAACGGCCUCGUCGACGACAUAUCUGCCGCUUUGGAGCAGCCGCCAUUCCAAAAGGCCCAAGACCACAAGACCCGCGAUCUCACCUACAGGAUCAGGAAAGUCCUUGACCUCAGAUCGUCUAGCUCUCCCGAAAAGGACCUUGAGGCGGCAGGUGGCCGUCAUGACAACGACUUUGCCAACUUCCGCGACAUUUCAGUGUUUCCCACCAGCGACGAGUUCUACUCGAGCGCCUUGCCGUUCUAUCGGCGAGCGUCCGAGGUCGCUAGCGUUGAGUACGCCCAACGACCGCGGGUCCAUCUUGAUAACCAAUUCCGCCUCCUCCGCGAGGAUAUGCUUGGUGAGCUCCGAGAUGAUCUAAAGGUGGCCACAGGCAGGAAGAAGAGCAAAAAGAAAGCCCAGAUCCUCGCCGGACUGAGACCCAUGGGCAUCAGCACUGGCGACGAGAAACGAGGCCACUUCUGUGCCGUGCUUGUUGCUUGUUGCCAGGGGCUGGAGUCCUUGAAGAAGCCCACGCCGCCGAAGCGCAAGGCCUGGCUGAACGACAAUAAGUGGUUCCUUCGUCAUCAGUCGUUUGGCGCUCUGUGCGGGGACAAACACAUCGUCGCGUUUGCCUUUCUUCUUCGCGACGAGGAUGAGCUGGUGAAGGCUCCGCCGGUCGUCGCCCUGCAGUUCACCAGCAGCGAUGCCACUGCCAGAGCUCUGCUGGCCCUUCAAGCACCCGCAAACCUCAAGUUCAUCCUGGUUGAUACUCCAGUCUUUGCCUACCAGCCUGUUUUGGAAUGCUUACAAGACGUUGUGGAGAUGCCACUAGGAGGCAAACUGCUUCGUCUCGGCACUGAUGACGAGGACGACCAGUCGCUGAGUUCGUUGCAACAAUCUGCUCACAUUCAGCUCUGUGCGAAAAAGCUACAGCAAGCCGUGGAGUCCGAGUCACGCAAGCUCAUCAUAGACGGACAGCCCUUUGAUCUCGACGGGUCUCAGAUUAAGUCUCUACUACACGCGCUGGAGCGGCCAGUGGCCCUCAUUCAAGGCCCUCCCGGAACCGGCAAGUCGUUCGUAGGUGCACUAGCAGCCAAGAUCCUACUGACGGAUCCGUCCAAACGUAUUCUAGUGCUUAGCUACACCAACCAUGCCCUCGAUCAAUUUCUCGAGGAUCUGAUGAAUAUUGGCAUAUCGCCCGGCAAUAUGGUGCGACUGGGUUCCAAGUCGACAGAAGCAACCGCGAUGCUAUCUCUGGACCAACAGCUGAAAACGUCAAGUCACCGUCGAAGCCGUGCGCCAUGGGGGCUCAUUGUUAGCGUGAAAGAAGAGCUCAGUACCGCUAGACACGAGAUCAACGAUGCAUGCAGAAGUCUGGUCAGAGGGAGGAUCAGCUCUAUGGAUAUCUUGAAUUCUCUUGAGUUCUCCGACGAUGACCAGGCUUUUUAUGAGGCGUUCCUGUUACCCGAACAAGACGAAGGCUUUAGGCUUGCGGGCAGACACAACAAGGCCAUGGCGCCCGAUUACUUACUGGGCCGUUGGAUGGAGGGACAAGAUGCUGGCGAACUCCGCCGCCACAUCUCGCCUACAAGCGAACGUAUCUGGAAGCUACCCAAAGCACAGAGGUCCAAGCACGUGCAGGCCUGGACCGAGUGUCUACAGAAAGAACGGAUCGAAGCAGUUCAGAGUCUGGUUAAACGUUUCGAUGAGACUCAAGAGAAGCUGGACGCCCUUUUCAACGAGAGCAAGCGUUCAUUCGUGCAGACGAAGAAGCUCAUCGGAUGCACAACCACCGCAGCAGCCAAGUACAAGUCGCUGAUUAAGGCUGCCAAACCCGAUGUCGUCCUCGUUGAAGAGGCUGGAGAGAUUCUCGAGGCCCAUGUGUUGACUGCUCUGCAUAGCGAAACCAGCCAGCUCAUCUUGAUCGGAGACCACAAGCAACUCCGGCCCAAAAUCAACAACUACACGUUGAGUGUGGAAAAUGGAGAGGGUUUCGACCUGAACCGUUCACUCUUUGAACGACUGAUUCUCCAAGGGCACGACCACGACACGUUGCAGAAGCAACACCGAAUGCACCCCGAAAUCUCGGACCUUGUUCGACAGAUGACGUACCCUGCUUUGUUGGACGACCCGAAGACUGAGGCACGAAAUACGCCCAAGGGACUGCAGGGGAGAGUCAGCUUCAUCAAUCACAGCCACCCAGAGGACACGGCCAACGAGAUCGCCGAUCGUCGUGAUGCCGGCGCUCCCUCCAGUAAAAGGAACGAGUUCGAGGCGCAAAUGGUCCUGAAGCUCGUCAAAUACCUGGGGCAGCAAGGAUAUCGGACGGAGAACCUGGUCGUUCUCACGCCGUACCUGGGACAGCUUCGUUUGCUCAAAGAAAUGUUAAGCAAAGAAAGUGAUCCUUGGCUCAACGAUCUGGACUCGUUCGAGCUCAUCCGCGCGGGACUGAUGACCGCGGCGGCGGCCAAAGCAAAGCCUGGAUCGGGGAGGAUCAGACUGUCCACCAUAGACAACUAUCAGGGGGAGGAAAGUGACGUUGUCAUUGCUUCUCUGACGAGGAGCAACAACAAAGGCGAUAUCGGGUUUAUGAAGGCUCCCGAGCGACUGAACGUGUUGGUCUCCCGAGCAAGAGAAUGUCUCGUUUUGAUCGGGAACAUGGACACGUUCAUGAAGUCGUCGCAGGGCCAGGCGGUCUGGCUGCCAUUCUUCAGUCUGCUCAAGGAGAAGGAGUAUCUGCAUGAUGGCGUGCCCAUCCGCUGCCAACAACAUCCCGAAAAGACGGCUUUGCUAAACAAACCUGAGGAUUUCAAAGUCAAGUGCCCUGAUGGAGGCUGCGACGAAGUCUGCAUGGUCCCAUGUGAAGAGAGCAUCAAGAAGACAUGCGACCGAGGCCACAAAUUUAGGGUUCGAUGCACCGAGCAAGAUGCUGCGUGUCGCGCUUGUCUCAAGGAAGACGAAGAUACUAAAAGGAGAAUCCAGCGAGAUCUGCAGAUGGAAAAGGAACGCGAAUUGGCACAAAACAAAUACGCUCAGGACCUCCAGCAAAUGCAAGAUGAGCUCGACCACGAACGACGCCUGCUCAAGUACGCCCAAGAGCAAGAAGACCACAAGCAGACACUGAAGCAGACGCGUGAAGAGCUCGAGGCGAUCCGACAGACGAGGGCUCGAGCAGAAACGAUGAAGGCUGCGGCCAAAGCCCGGCCGAAUGGUUCGGGAGACCACGCACAAGGUGAUAAACAAGAGCCACAGGAGACUCCUGUCCCCGAUAGUUCCGCGGUGGAAUGGAGCAGCAUGAAGCGGGAUGGGGCAAGCAGUAGUGCUUUGGAUACGCUAAUGGGCAUGAUUGGCCUCGAGAGUGUCAAGGAGGAGUUCUUGUCCAUCAAGUCCAAGGUCGAUACUGCGGUGCGCCAAGGCAUCUCACUGACAACGGAGAGGUUUGGCUGUACGCUCUUGGGAAACCCAGGCACUGGCAAGACCACGGUGGCGCGAAUUUACAGCAAGUUUCUGACAUCAGUCGGCGUCAUAGCUGGCAGUGGCUUCAAGGAGACUACUGGGUCGAAGCUUGCGUCGAUGGGAGUCCAGGCCUGCCAGCAGAUGCUGAACGACAUGCUUGACGACGGUGGCGGGGUCAUCUUCAUCGACGAGGCCUACCAGCUAUCAUCUGGGAACAGCCCCGGCGGCCGCGCAGUACUCGAUUUCCUGCUUGCUGAAGUCGAAAACCUGACGGGGAAGAUCGUCUUCAUCCUGGCCGGCUACAGCAAGCAGAUGGAGUCUUUUUUUGCCCACAAUCCGGGUUUCCCUAGCCGAUUCCCGAUAGAGAUGAAGUUCAACGACUACAGCGACGACGAGCUUCUGCGGAUCCUUCAAGCGCAGAUCAAGAAGAGAUACGGGGGCCGCAUGAAAUGGGAUGACCAUCUCUACCUGCGGGUCGUCUGCCGCAGACUUGGCCGUGGACGCGGCAAAGAAGGAUUCGGAAACGCGAGGGCGGUUGAGAACCUUUUGGCCAAAAUCUCCAGCCGACAGGCGAAUAGAAUCCGCAAGGAACGCCUCGCUGGAGCAGAACCAGAUGACCUCCUGUUUACCAAGGAGGAUCUGGCAGGACCGGAACCUUCCAGUGCUCUCGGCAGUUGUGAAGCGUGGAUUCAGCUGCAAAGCCUCAUCGGCCUCUCGUCGGUUAAAGCAUCAGUUCGAGCCUUGGUCGAUAGCAUCCAAACGAAUUACCUCCGGGAGCUUGCGGAGGAGCCUGUCAUCGAAUACACCCUAAACAAGGUCUUCCUAGGAUCACCUGGAACUGGGAAGACUACAGUCGCUAAGCUUUACGGUCAAAUUCUGGUCGAUCUUGGACUACUUUCAAAUGGAGAAGUGGUUGUCAAGAACCCAUCCGACUUUGUGGGUGCGGUUUUAGGCGGCUCCGAAGCCCAGACAAAAGGGAUACUUGAAUCGACAGUGGGCAAGGUUCUUGUCAUUGACGAAGCGUAUGGCCUUUACGGUGGCGGCGGCUCAAAUGGAAAAACCUCCGAUCCUUUCAAGACCGCAGUCGUCGACACGAUUGUCGCCGAGGUCCAAAGCGUUCCAGGAGAGGACCGAUGCGUGCUGCUUCUCGGCUACAAAGACCAAAUGGAGGAGAUGUUCCAGAACGUAAACCCGGGUCUCAGCCGCCGGUUUCCUCUUUCUUCUGCAUUCGUGUUCGAAGACUUCAACAGCUCCGACUUGGGGACGAUCCUUGACCUCAAGCUCAAGCAGCAGGGGUUCUCGGCAACCGAUCAAGCCAAGCAAGUUGCCAUGGAAAUGUUGGAGCGUGCGCGCAACCGCCCUAACUUUGGCAACGCCGGCGAGGUGGACAUUCUUUUAAACGACGCCAAGGCCCGCCAUCAGAGGCGUCUUUCGUCUAAACAAACCAAGAAAGUCUCUACCCUUGAAGCCUUGGACUUUGACGAGGAUUUUGAUCGAGCGGAACGCGCGGACACUAACGUGGCUAAGCUGUUCGAUGGCACGGUUGGCUGUGAGAAGAUCAUUGCCACAUUGGAAGGAUACCAAGAGAGCGUUCGAUCCAUGAAGGCACUUGGAAUGGAUCCCAAGGAGAGCAUUCCAUUCAACUUUCUCUUCCGUGGACCCCCAGGAACGGGCAAGACCUCGACCGCGAAAAAGAUGGGGAAGGUGUUUUACGACAUGGGAUUUUUGGCCGAAGACUACGUCCAGGAAUGUUCUGCUACUGACCUAAUCGGGGAGUACAUUGGACAGACGGGUCCAAAGGUCCGGCAAUUACUUGACAAGGCUCUUGGACGGGUGCUGUUCAUAGACGAAGCAUACCGGCUGGCUGAAGGCCGGUUUGCCAAGGAGGCUGUUGACGAGCUCGUCGACGCUGUGACGAAAGACAAGUACAAGGGCCGUCUUGUGAUCAUCCUAGCAGGGUACGACGACGACAUUAACCGGCUGCUUUCGGUCAACCCCGGCAUGUCUAGUCGCUUCCCCGAAGUUAUCGACUUCCACAGCCUGAGCCCAGAGAAUUGCUUCGACCUCGUGCUCCAAUUUUUCCUGAAGCAGAAUCGCAAACUCGAGAGCAGUAAGGCACCCGGCCGCCUUGUGCUGGACUGCCUUCAGCACCCUGCCGGAGACUUCAAGGACGAUAUUGUCAGCACUUUCCGUGCGCUCUCAAUGCAGCCCAACUGGGCCAGCGCUCGUGAUGUGGAGACACUGGCCAAGUCAAUCUUUCUGAAAUCCCUCAAGUUCCGCCAGGGCACAUGUAUCACGAUCACGGAAGCCAUGGUCGAGACGGAGCUCUAUAUGAUGCUUGAAGAGCGCGAUACUCGUGGCAAACAAGCGGACACGAUACGCGGCAUGGAUGGGCUGCAGGAUUUGCGGAUGGCACCGGCGCCUCCUCAGACUCCGCACAUCAUCAAGACACAGCACCAGACGGCUAUCAAGAAAGAAGAAGUAAGUUACACACCUCCCGAGAGUCCGGUCGAAGAGAUCGAGGAUGGGAAGCGAAAGGCCGUCCGGGAUGCUGGCGUCAGCGACGAGGCCUGGGAGCAGUUGGAGAAGGACAAGAAGGCGCAGGAAGAGAAUGAUGCCAAGUACCGGGCUAUGCUUGACGCCAAGCGCAGAUCGAUUGGUGCUGCACGUGAAGCCAUUCUCAAGGAGUUGAUGAAGGAGGAAGAGCGGCGUAAAAAGGAAGAAGAGCAGCGGAAGAAGGCGGCGAUGAUGGGACGGUGCCCUAUGGGAUACGAUUGGAUUAGGCAAGCUGUAGGUUUUCGGUGCGAGGGGGGAUCCCAUUUCAUUUCCGAUGGGCAGCUGGCCAGUUUUUUCAUUUAG